AUGCCCCUCGCUAGGCAGAGUUUCGGCUGGCCAGAGCUUCCGACUGAGUUGACAGGUUGGCGGUACUCUGGAGAGGCUUAUCAGAUUCUGAUUGAGCCUUCAUUGCCUAGUCAUCGAUACGUCAGGACACCUGAUUCACCUCCGGCACUCGUCCCACCUCUAUCGGCAGGACCGGUGGCAGCAGGAGCAGGACCAUCAGCGCCCUCUUCAACAGUAGGGAGAGAGAGACAGGCUUCAGCACGUGGUCGCGGGGGACGUUGUGAGCCUAUCAUGCGCGAUGACGAUGAGACCAGCAAGAUCGAGGAGGCUGUAGAGAUGAUGAUGUUGACUCAGAUUCUGCUAGUGGAGAUGAGGCUGAGCCAGGUUCUAAUACAGAGGAUGACAACGACAUCGGUUCUGGUUCGGAUUCAGCAUCAGGUAUUGGGAGCAGCAUCUAUGGUUAGCAAGGGAGGGAAGCAUCCGGGCCAGCUUAAAGAUGAUGUUGCAUCACCUAGUGGUACCACCAUUGUCGGUAUUCAUGAGUUGGAGAAGGGUGGGUUUCAUGGGAUCCUCAUGAAUGCUGUUGUUGCUGCUGCCAAGCUCAGCCAAGAAUUUUCCAAGAGAUAG